AAACAAACUUGUAUGCCAAAAAAUGAAAUGAUGAAAAAUUGGGUGACCCUAAAGGAAAGAAUACCAAAUAUAGAGAAUGACAGGCUUAUACAAGCUAAGCUGUCAACAUUACAAGUAAAACCGCAUAUAAUAAUACACACAUCUAUAGGCUUAAGUAUUGCAGAUGCAAAGAUAGAUGGAUUAUUUAGUUGGAAAAUUAAAAGAAUUAUUGAAGAAAUACAGCACGCAUAUACAAUGGAAGCAAAAAACUCAGCAGCUAACAAAUGUCAUAGAGUGCAAAUAGAAGAUCUCUUAAAAAUUAAGAGAAGUAUAAACAAAACUUUAUUAACUAAAGUGGUAAGAUAUAAAAGCCCAAAUCAACCACUGAAAGAACACAAAAUAGAAUGUGUAAAACUAUGUUUUGACACACAACACUAUUUUGCAGCAGGAAGCGGAAGAUAUCCAGAUGACUAUAAGCAAGUCAUAGAUAAAUACAGAAAUAAAAUAUAUCUCCUACACAUUAACAAUGUGAUGAAAGAAAGGAAAAUUAAACAAAAAGACAGAUUUGUGAAAAAAAUAAAAGCAACAAUAUUUGGCUCUAGACAAGAUAUCCAUGCGCUAUUAUUACAAGGACAGUUAUCUCAUGAGAUAUUCAAAAAAAUAGCAAUACAUCCUAAAAUAAAAGCAAUGAUAUUAGAAACACCUGGAAGGACAGAAAAACAAAAGCAAGAACAAAUAUGUGAAGUGUAUAGGUGCGAUAAAAAUAAAUAUGAAGCACCAGAAAUAAUAAGCUUGGCUGACCAAGUUCAACGCUUACAUCUCAAAGAACAAGAAAGAUAUCAAGACCCUCAAAAACAAGAAGCAAUAGAAAGAAUGAGAAGAAAACAAAUAGAACAAAU